GGGCAGCGCAGUCAGUAGCCAGUCUAGUCAGUCUAUAAAAGCAAACCGGCUACUCAAAGUUGGCCCACAGUUCGCUUUAGGUUAUUGCAGCAAUUAGUCUGAGAUCGAGUCGAAAUGAAUACCAAAUUAUUGCUACUCGGCCAGUUGCUGGCAAUCAGCUGCUUUAUGCAACCAACUUAUGCGCAUACAGAGAUACCAUUGGACGAGACGACAACAGCAGCUCCAACAGAGGCUACAAUUCAACCAGAGGCUCAGGCUACAGCUAUUCCCGAUUCAGGGCUGCAGCAGCUCGACGAGGGUCAAAUUGCUGUUGCUCAACCAGAGACGACAAUUCCGCCAACGGAAUUCACUACAGUGCCAACAACAGCAGCAACAAAGCAGCCAAACCCACAUGAGCAUCCCCCCCAUCCAUAUGUUCAGCCUUAUCCAGAUGCCUUUGGCUGGCAACAAUAUCCAAGACUUCCCUAUAACGGGCCACGAUUGCCGUACGUUAUUAACUCACCAUUCGGUUCACCAGUCCCCCAGCAACCACAGUUUCCUGGCUUCGGUGGACCACUUUACCCCACUCCUGAUACAGCUGCCAGUUCCGAUGAAAAGAGCGCUGAGAAGACCACUGAUAAGAGUACUGAGAAGAGCUCUGAGAACGCAAAGUCAGAUGAGCAACUGAACUCUGAUGGGGCAUUUAACUGGCAACAGUAUCCAAGACUUCCGUUUAAUGUGGCACGACCUCCCUACUAUAUUAACUCACCAUACGGUUCACCCGUCUUCCCUCCGCAACCACAAUUUCCCGGCUUCCGUGGACCACUAUCCCCCACUCCCGAUGCCGCUGAUGGAAAGGGCGUUGAGAAGAGCACUGAGAAGAUCGGUGAUAAGAGUACUGAGAAGAGCGCUGAGACGGCCAAGUCAGAUGAGCAGAUGAACUCUGAUGAGAAGCAACAGCAACCAGCUGGUCUCCCUGACUUUGGUUACCCGUCUUACGACCCUCGCCUCUUCCAUCCAGCGAUCUACUCACCACACUUGCCUCGAUUGGGACCAGUCUAUGGAGGCAAUUAUGGAGGGCAGUUUGAAGGACAGAAUGAGACUCCCAGUCCCAGAUAUCCCUACCCCAGCCCAUCUCGUGAUUACACCGUGUUCUAUGGCUAA